ACGAACCCCAUUCGACAUUAGUCGCUUUUAUAUUUUUGCGAAGUUGGAUUCAUCAUUCAUUGAUCCAUUCCUCCGGUUCCUCCUCUGCUCUGCAAGAAGAUGAAACUAACAAUGAGAUCGUGGUCGGAGUUGGUGUCGAACCUUUACACCCUGACCAUCUUCUCCUUCUAUCUGUUAAUGGAAAUAGCCCACCUGAUCAAAUUCGCGGCAGGGAGCGCUUGGCGGUUCCAGAAAUGUCCGGUCUCGACGGCCCAGUACCUCGCAAUGGUGGAAGAAAAGCACCCGGCGGUUCGUUACCGGAGCGGAGGCAGAGGAGAGCCCAAGGAGUGCGUCGUUUGCCUAUCCAAGUUCGAGGAAGGAGAAGAGGUGCGAGAGCUGCGAUGCAAGCACGAGUUCCACAAGGACUGCUUGGAUAAAUGGCUCCAGCAGCGGCAGGCCACAUGUCCGCUCUGCCGGCGGUCCGUGCUGGGCGACAAGAUUGUGUUCGAACAAUGCCAGUUUCAGAUGGAGCAGUCGUACGACGGUUACGAUGAUGACCUGAUUUUCCUGUUCUCCGCCUUACACGGUAGUUCCUUCCACGGAAUGUCUCUGUCUUAGACGGAACCAGAACCAGAAACACUCUUCUUCCUGUAAAUAUUUUCGUUACUUUUUGACUUUUUUCCCAUUAUAUAUAUACAAAUUAAUUGGAUUUUUUUUAUUAAUUGCAAAUAUAAAUGUCUAAAAUUUCAUAUUA